AUGGCAUCGAGUAAUUCCGCUUCAUCAAUAAAAACACGCUUUGUUUGUAUAAGUGACACACACUCUCGUUAUGAGUUUUCCUUACCGGAUGGUGAUAUCUUACUACAUGGAGGUAUGUGUAAAAAACUACUACUAGUAUGGGAUGGAGCUAAUUAUUUGUUAUUGAAUAUAGGAGAUUUUUCGCUAACCGGAUUAGAAAGCGAAGUAGUUAAAUUCUUAAAUUGGUUAAAAUCCUUGACAAAGUAUCGACUCAAGGUAGUAAUAGCUGGCAAUCAUGAUUUAACACUACAGCCAGAUUUCUAUAAAAUAUGGUGGCAGCGAUGGCACAGAGCAAAAGAAGAUACUCAGUCAAUUCAAAAUAUGUGGAAUAACCCAGAAUUAAAAACAAAAUAUGGUAUAAUCUAUUUACAAGAUCAAGAAUUUAUCGAUGAACAAACUGGAUUCAAAUUCUAUGGAAGCCCGUGGCAGCCAGAAUUCCACAAUUGGGCAUUUAAUUUACCACAUAAUAGUGAACAAUUGGAAGCUGUUUGGUCCAAAAUACCACUGAAUACUGACAUUUUGCUUACGCAUGGACCACCGUCAAAUAUUCUUGAUCGUACAUUUACUAAUGAAUCAGCUGGAUGUGAAGUUUUAACAAAACGUUUAAAGUUAGUGAAGCCAAAAUUACAUGUCUUCGGUCACAUUCACGAAGCUUAUGGAAACUGUGAAUCAAAUGGAACGAUAUACGUAAAUGCAUGCACGUGUAAUCUACGGUAUAAGCCCGUUCAACCGCCCAUUGUCAUAGAAUUAGAAAAUCCAAAUCAAAUUGUUUCUUGUUAA